CUUUCUAAUGAUUUAGCUAUAUGCAACCUUGAUGCCCCCACAGACUCUUUGAAGUCGUCUUAUUACUCCUAAAAGGAAUAACUAGUUUUGCGUCAAAUAACUAACAAUCUGCGAUUCUUUCUCUCCAGUAAACAGUCGACCUCCUUUAAAACAUAGAACCCAUGCAAUGUAAUAUUUGUGCCAUCCAAUAGAAGAAGGCACGAAAAAUCUGAAUUGCCUUGUAUAUGGAUAAAAUUUGUUCUACUCCAGGGCACGAAGACAAAUAGGUACAUGAUGGACCAGACCACCUGGCCCAUAUUAUCUAUUGAUGGACCACAACACUUGGCCCACAAAGUCAAAUACAACAGACAUCAAAAUUUGUCUCCUCCUUUUUGUGGCAUCUGUGUUUCUUGGAGGCCCAUAGUUUUUCUUUAUUCCCUACAUCUAAAAUAAUAAUAUAAAGUGUGCAUAUUUUUCAAAACCUACCUUGAUCAGCCACUAGUUUAAGAUUUAGUAUGUAACACAAAAUCUAUGCCAUGUUAGAAAUCAACAAGUAAUAGGCUAAAAUAGAUCCAAAAAUCUAUACCAAAUUUUUGCGUGGGAACUCUACUACAUUGAAAGAAGUGCUUCAAAAUUAGGGGCUCUACAGUAAGAUGAUAACCCAUCACACACGGCUCACAAGAAAAGAAAAUAAGGUAGAGUUAGAAAUGGAGACCUAAUCCAUGAUGCAGAGGACUCUGUCUAAUGGCCUCGGCUACAAUAGACGCUCGUGUCUCAUGUAAUAAAUCUUGAGAAAUGCGUGCAUGUACUUCAUAUUUUUGGAUGGGAGAAGUAUAAGAGUACUGCAGGGUGCCUUCUCUUCAAGGUACUCCCUCUGUUCCAUAUUAAUUGUCGCACUAGAUCAGCGACAACUAAUAUGGAACGAAGGGAGUAGCAUUUUUCAGACAAUAAACAGUAAACCUUUCUUACAAACUAAUCAAUAAAAGCUACAGAUUAGGAUUGCAAGCAGUUUAGAAGAACACUACGGGGAGAAACUGUUGCUCAAUGGAUAGAAUUGAAGGAAGUGGUUAAUAUAAUAUCUCUUACUGAUUGCAAGGAGAGUGUGCGUGUUGGAAACUGGGUGCAAAAACAGUCUUCUCUGUCAGGAAGCUAUAUUUGCAACUCAAAGCAACUGACCUAGUUGGAUACAGAGGUACAUGGAAGAUCAAAAUGCCCUUGAAAAUCAAGAUCUUUCCGUGCCUUUUUCAUUAGGAAUAGUGUUUUGACAAAUCUACUCAAAAGAGGGUGCACUGGCAACAAUCAAUGCUAAUUCUGUGCACUGAGGUCAUGCAAAGACAAAAUCAUUUGUCCCUUGACUUUAAUCUUGCCAAGUUCACCUGGAGAGUGGUCUUUAGUGCUCUUAAUUUGGUUGGACCUCCUGAAGAUAUUCAGGGCUUAAUUCGUGCUUUGUGGACCCUGUGUUCCUCCUGGCGUUGGACCAUUUGGAACACCAGAGAUUCGACAUAUUUUGAUAAAAAAAAUACCCGAUGAUCAGGCAAUAGUCGCCCCUCUUGUGUUUCAAUCUGUACAUUUCGUUUGUUUUGCAUAAAAAGUUUGCUCUACCAUGGUGUAGUGGCACUGUGGCCAAAAAUCGAUGAGGAGGCUUGUUGUUUUAAAAAAUGAAUCAAUACGUUGGACAAACCUUUGAUUCUUAGCCCGAGGUGUCCGAUCGGCAAGAAAGAGUCAAACCACCUGAUCAUUCCAGGUUGGCAUGCAUGUGUUUUCUAGAGUGAAGUCGGCAGGUUACGCUCAAAAAAUAGAGUGAAGUCGGCAUGCAUGUACGUGGAACAAGAUAAAAACGCGCUACUAGUAGAAAUCCACCCACGAAAUAAAGGACAAAACACGUGUGGUACAACCCUGGGUGAUGCAAGUUAUGCGGAGGCCGCAAUUCUAGUGCGUGCAUAGACGUACCGUACGUGACAAAUGGCGUACAUACAUAGCCUCUGUCCGUUGGACUUAGUCUUGCCUUGUCUCCAUCGACCGGCUCACACUGAGUCAAUUUUUUCCUUAGGAUAUAUAGGACGUGAUGUGCUGUGGACAUCCAUUUUCCUAAGAUUUAUGGGAGGUAGCAGGUGAUUUCCCUGCAUUUAGACUCGCGACUACUGAUGUAAGUGCACUAUUGCAGUGGUGACUUGGCCAAUGCUUCUGGAAAUAAACAACAAGACAAAUUGCUUGGCCUCGCCGAUAUAAAUAGCUCGUCACUAAAGGGCACGCAACCGUGGAUAGAUAGGCAGGCGCACAAACAAUCGUAGUAGUACAAGUUAUUGACGAGAUGGACGCCGGCGGCGAUGCUACCGAGAGCAAGGAGCAUUUUGUCCUAGUGCACGGUGCCGGCCACGGCGCCUGGUGCUGGUUCAGGCUCCUGCCCCUGCUCCGGGGCUCCGGCCACCGCGUCUCCUGCGUCGACCUUGCUGGGGCAGCCGGCAGCCGCGUCGACCCCGGCUCUGUCCGGUCGUUCGACGAGUACACCGCGCCGCUCGUCGACCUCCUGUCCGCGCUGCCAGACGGCGAAAAGGUGAUUUUGGUUGGGCACAGCGCAGGAGGGCUAAGUGUGACCCAUGCAAUGCAUUUAUUCAGCGACAGGAUUAAGCAGGCAAUCUUCAUAGCAGCAACCAUGCUCCCGUUUGGCUACCAAACGGAACAAGACAUCAAAGAUGGCGUACCUGAUUUAUCCGAGUUCGGGGACGUGUAUGACCUAGCAUUUGGUCUUGGAAUGGAUCACCCGCCAACGAGUGCAGCACUGCGGCCAGAGUUCCAGCGCAUGAUCCUGUCCCAGCAAAGCCCCCAAGAGGACUCUGCGCUUGCCUCCAUCCUACUCCGUCCAUGGCCUGCCGCCUUGAGCGCAGCCAGGUUUGGGAGAGGCGGCGGGGACAGCAGCGCGAUCGACCAGGUGCGGCGCGUGUACAUAACAACGGCAAAGGAUUGCAUGGUGAAGCCGGAGCAGCAGGAGGCGAUGAUUCACCGGUGGCCACCGAGCAAGGUUGUGGCCAUGGACACCGACCACAGCCCCUUCUUCUCCGCACCGGAGCGUCUCUUUCAGCUCAUUGUCAAGUUACCGUGACCACUUGUACACCAUGCAUGCACGGUCUGGGUGACGCCUAGCUGCUCCUGCUCUUGUAUUCUCCACUUCUCCAGUCUUCACUGUGUGAUGUUACUUGCAUGCCAAUUAAGUUAUCAACAAGGCUGUAAAGUUCCAGA